GCAAGUGUACUACAGUGUACUCGGGAACCUGCAGAAGUCUAGGCCUGUUCUACCGAAGCGGAGGAGGGGUGUGUCUCUGCUCCGUCGCCGAUCUCGCCUCCGCCGCGAAUCCCCCACCGGAAACGGCGAGCAGAUUCGCGCCGGGCUCGCGGCGAUCUUUGAUGAGAUAAGCCCCCGGCCACCUCGGGGUUCGCGAUGCUGCGGAAGGCGGCCGUCGGGUUCCUCGCCUGCGUCGUGCUCUACCUCGCCUUCUCCUCCUACCUCCGUAGCCAGAGGGCUGCAUAUGUUCUGUUACCAGCAGUUACUCACAGGGUAUACCUGGACGUGGAAAUUGAUGGCCAAAAUAUAGGUAGAAUUGUCAUCGGUCUUUAUGGGGAAGUUGUGCCAAAAACAGUUGAAAAUUUCAGAGCCCUUUGUACAGGUGAAAAGGGUGAUGGGCCCAAGGGUAAACCUCUUCACUAUAAAGGAACACCGUUUCAUCGAAUCAUCCCAGGUUUCAUGAUUCAGGGUGGUGACAUAGUUAGAGGUGAUGGGAAAUCAAGCGAGUCUAUAUAUGGAGGCACCUUCCCAGAUGAGAAUUUCAGUGUGAAACACACACAUCCAGGUGUUGUUGCUAUGGCAAAUUCUGGAACUGAUUCCAACGGAUCCCAGUUCUACAUAACCACAAUCAAGACAGGCUGGUUGGAUGGGGAGCAUGUAGUCUUUGGCAGGGUGAUUCAGGGAAUGGAUUAUGUCUACGCCAUCGAAGGGGGCGCAGGGACGUACAGCGGCAAGCCCAGGAAGAAGGUGCUGAUCACUGACUCUGGUGAGAUACCCAAGGAGAAAUGGGAUGAGGAAAUUCAGUAGGCUGCUUGGUCUGCUCUGUUGUCUAUGGAUUUGACACCACUCUUUCGUGACCUGUUUUCUUCGCACACCAGCCGUGCUUCGGGCAGGCUUCUGAAUGUUGUACAGUGUAGUCAGCUUAUCGCAUGCCAAGACCUACUUGCAUAUGAUCUAGUAGUGUUUUCCAUGUUACGCUAGGGAUUUUUGUUGCUGGAUCUACCUACCCCCUAGCAUAGUAUGCAGUAAGUUGCCAAACUGAUGGCUAGAGUCCAUUGAAGAACCAGUGAUUCGACCA